CUCCAGGUGGCACCUGCCGGGCCUCAUGGCCGCCUCUCCGCCGUUUGGCCGCCGCGCUGGGCUUGGAGCCUCGGAGCCCUGGGGCCUGAGCCUCCGCCUCCUCCUGCUGCUGCUGCUUCUGCCGCUGCUGAACUCCGGUGAGGCGGAGACGACUCCUCGGCCCGGCUGUGGGUUAUAAAGAAAACAAUUCCGAACCAGUUUGUGGCAGACCCUGGUGGUCGGAAGGUUUGGACAUGACCCGGCAUUGGCCCUGGGAGGUGAGCCUCCGGCUGGAGAAUGAACACGUAUGUGGAGGGGCCCUCAUUGAUCUCAGCUGGGCGGUGACUGCUGCCCACUGCAUCCAAGGCACCAAAGAGUACUCGGUGAUUCUCGGCACCGCCAAGCUGAGGCCCACGGACUUCCCGAAGGCCCUCUCGAUCCCCGUGAGGGACAUCAUCAUGCACCCCAAGUACUGGGGCCGGACCUUCAUCACGGGUGAUGUCGCCCUUCUCCAGCUUCAGACUCCGGCCACCUUCAGCAAGUACGUGCAGCCCAUCUGCCUCCCAGAGGCCAGCUACCACCUGAAGGUCGGGACUCAGUGCUGGGUGACUGGCUGGGGCCAGGUGAAACAGCGCUUCUCAGAGCCCUGGUUCCAGGCCUGUGGUCACACCAACAUCGCCUGCAAGAUGGUGAAGGGGAAGCUGGUGGAGGUGGGCAAGUGGCCGUGGCAAGUGAGCAUCUUCUUCCUGGGCGCAUACAUCUGCAGCGGCUCCCUCAUCCACCACCAGUGGGUCCUCACAGCCGCGCACUGCCUCCAGAGAUCCAAGGACCCCAAACAGUACUCCGUGAGUGUGGGAGUCCAGCACCUUCCGGAAAACGGCACUCGGCUCCUGCUCACUCACAUCGUGAUUCACGAGGAUUUCCACAACCUCAUAUCCCGGGACAUUGCCCUCCUGAAGCUCAGAGACCCCAUCUCCUGGUCCCCCCUCAUCCAGCCUGUCUGCCUACCCAAUGCCAAAUUCAAGCCAUCUCCUGGGACCAUGUGCUGGGUGAUCGGGUGGAGACAUAAAAACGAACAAGGAACCUCAAAGACCCCCUACAGUCUUCAGGAGGUGGCUGUCAAGAUCAUUAACAAUGAUAUCUGCCAUCAGAAGUACCAGUUCCUCCUCUUGAAGGAAGACAAGAAGUUCAUUGGGAAGGACAUGCUGUGUGGCAGCUCAGAAUUGGGCACAGACUCUUGUCAGGCCAACUCCGGCAGCCCCCUGGUGUGUCAGGUGAACAGCUCCUGGGUCCAGAUCGGGCUGGUGAGCUGGAGGUACAGCUGCACCCGGCGAGGCUUCCCGGGCAUCUACACCAGUACCUCCCACUUCACCUACUGGAUCAAGAAGCGGAUCGGCGACAUGAGGUUCAUCAGUAGGGCAGGCCCUACCUUCCUGAGCCAGGUCAUCCUCACUGCCUACAUUCUGCUGGUGUCCUUGGGCUCCCUGUGGCUCCUGUGAGCAGUGUUUCCGGGGCAGCUGCUUCUCCUCCCUGCCCUGUGAAGAAGUGGAGACCCAGGGGACAUGUGACAUCAAGGCGGCGCGCCCUUGCGGGAGGGUCCCAGAGCUGCUGUGUCUGGAGUUGUUCAAUGAAGAUGCUCUUGAAUUUUGUGCCACAGAA